CGGAUGCGCGAGGUAGCAGAUGUCUUUCUCAAAUGUCGGCGUCCAAUGUCAUUGGGGAGAUCAUAACUGGAGUGCAAGCCGGCUCUGCAUGGAUCUUCGUGAUCAGCAUCGAUCGCGAAGAAGACGCCGACGUUUAAAUCCCUCUUAAACUAUCUCCUAUGAAUCUGUCGUAAAAAAAAAUCAUUGAGGAAAUUCGUAGUGCUCGCCAAAGAGACAAGACUCCGAAAAAAUGGCGUACAGACAACAACCAGCGGCUCAGGACGAACUGGAGCUCGAGACGAUGGCGGAGCUCUCGAGGCUAAAGAGACAGUAUAGAAUAAUGGAAAAUGAUCGAGCAGCGUGUGCGGAAGACGCGAGGUUACAACUUAGCAAUCAGCAAAACAUGAUCGAACGUCUGGAGUACGAAAAAGCCGAAUUAGUACUGGCGAUAAAAACCGCGAGAUCAAAGGCCUUUAUACGUAAAGAUGAGGAGAUGGACGAGAAAUUAAAAUGUUUACUGGCUAAACGAGCCAAGUAUAUUGAGCUAAUAGAGAUUGAGAAGCAGCAAAUAAAUGAACUUGAUGAACAGAUUAGCAAGCUCUCGAAAGAAGUUACAAGUCUGAAGAUGAAAGUGCGCACCGAUGUACAAUCGAGAGAAAUAGCGGCGCGGCACAGCAAGGCAGUAUUGAUGUUGGAAAAUCGGGUGGAAGUGGCGACGAAGAGAUUCAACCUGGUGAUAGCGGAGAACUCAAGGUUGCGCGCCGAAAUCGAAACCUUGCUAAAGGAACGGGCACAAUUCACACAGAUGUGGAAUAAAUUGAUCAGCCAGUUGAACGUGGGCAAGCAGGUCAUUAACGACCUGAUCGAGCAGGCGACCAUCACCUUUAAUCAGCGGGACGAGGAGCUGCACAAGAUUCAAGCGCUUCGCGAGAGAGGUAUAAGAGAUCUGAAGAAUCAUACGUCGGAAAUGUGCGAGCUGAGGAGAACCUUGGAUAAUGAAAUGAAGCUGCAGGAGUUUCUCGGUGUCAAAGGACAAUUUCGCGAGAUGGUCGAUCUGAACGCGAAGAAAGAAGCUGAGAGACAGGCUAAACGAGAGGAGAAACAGAACAAGAUAGCGGCCUUGACGCAAAUUUUGCAGACAAUCAAGCAAUUUACUGGUGAGCAAGAAAUCGACAAGCUCACAGCGCAUUUUAUCAAGCAAGAAGAGGAGAAUUUCGCACUGUUUAAUUAUGUGAACGAGUUGAAUGAUGAGCUAGAGAGUCUUCAGGCAAGGAUGGAGCAGCUGACAGCAGCCAUCGAUGAGGCACGUGCCCAGAAUGUACAUCGUGAUCAGCAGCAGACCGAAACUUUGGAAAAGAUUGCCAUUGAACUGCAGGAACAGACAGCACUAGCGAACGCUGCUGAAGAAGACCUCGCACAGUGCAACGACGUGAUGGAUAAACUGCUACGAGGGAUCGAUGGCCUCUUCAAGGCGAUACGAUGCGACAAUUCGCCGAUUUUAGAAUUGUUGGGCGACAAUACUCAUGUGACAAUGAGCAACGUCAUGCUCUACUUGGGCAUUAUCGAAAAACAGAUCACCGGGAUGUUUCACAAGGUUUAUUGGGUGGACAAGACCAGCAAAAUUCCGCAAUUACGGAUAGACGAGGAAAGGAAACCCAAAUUGAAAGUACCUACCAUUAAUCGCAUGGUACCUACUCAACCUUGUACCCUCUGCGUGGAGCAAGAACAGAUGCAGUUUGUCUCAGAGGGCCUUGAUGUACCGCUGACACGUGCCGAAGCCAUGCAGAAACUGCGACAAAGACUCAUGGACGAUUACUCUAUGCUGCUUCAUAACGUAUCCGACUGUCGUUUACCAGCGGCUAGGAAGAUUAUGCAAAGACGUUAUCAAUAAAGAGAAUUAGAGA